AUGAGCGCUUCCCGUCAGCCGGCUGUGCUUUCCACCCAUGCUUCCCCAGCUUCGACUAGCACCGCGUCGCCCUCCCAAAAGAAUGCUCGCAACGCCUAUCCCGACAUGCUAGGUGCACCGCCGGUGCCUCCCCCGCGAACCUCGUCAACAAACCACAGCCGUCGGAGUCCGAACGGGACAUCGGGAGAAAAACAUAGUUCCCGUGGAAAGAGCAGGUCCGAGCACAAGGAUCAUCGUGAGCGCCCACGAGAGGAUCGAAACGGCAAAUCACGGAGACACCAGACAGAGGACAGUUCUCGUGAAGUGGAGCGAACAGCGCCACCGGUCCAACCCAAGAUGGAGCCGGAGGGAAGUCUGGUGCAGGAGCCGAGUGCAGUGCUCAACGCUGUGCAGGUCAGCGACCCUGUGGUGGAUUACGAGAGAGAACAGGUGCGGCAAGUGGGCGCAUCUGCGGAGCAGGCAUCCUCAUCGGGCUUGGCACCUGGGUUUGAUGGUGCAGAGGAGGCUCGCGGUCCUCGCAGUCGACAUGAUUAUAACAAUGGGAAUGUCGUCAAGCGCAAGGAGACCACUUUCGGCUCAUAUAUUCUUGGGCAGACUCUCGGCGAGGGUGAGUUCGGAAAGGUCAAGCUCGGCUGGAAGCGAGAUGGAAGCAUUCAGGUAGCUAUCAAGCUUAUUCGGAGGGAUUCUCUGGGCACCAACCCCAGUAGACUGCCCAAGAUCUAUCGCGAGAUCUCUAUCCUACGCGACCUGGCACACCCUAAUAUUGUGCGCCUUCACGAAAUGGUGGAAACCGACCGACACAUUGGUAUCAUCAUGGAGUACGCGUCUGGAGGUGAAUUAUUCGACUACAUCUUGAACAACCGCUACUUGAAAGACAAUUCUGCCCGCCGCCUGUUUGCGCAGCUGAUUUCAGGAGUUGGCUAUCUACACAAAAAGGGAAUCGUCCACCGUGACCUGAAGCUGGAGAACUUGCUUCUUGACCGGAAUCGCAACAUUAUCAUCACGGAUUUCGGAUUCGCCAAUACCUUCAACCCAACAGACCCGCUGGAAGAGGAGAUCGAGUACAACUUGACCAACAAGGAAUAUGUCAAGCGAAAGCGCCUAGACAGGGUCAAUGGAGAUGGAUUGCGUCGAGGCGAUCUGAUGCAGACUAGCUGUGGCAGUCCUUGUUAUGCCGCGCCUGAACUCGUUGUGAGCGACUCCUUAUACACAGGUCGGAAGGUAGAUGUGUGGAGUUGCGGUGUCAUCUUGUAUGCCAUGUUGGCUGGAUACCUUCCCUUUGACGACGACCCCGCAAAUCCUGACGGCGACAACAUUAAUCUUCUGUACAAAUACAUCGUCAGCACACCUCUCACUUUCCCCGAAUAUGUAACACCACACGCGCGCGAUCUUUUGAGGAGGAUACUGGUUCCCGACCCACGGAAGCGUGCGGAUUUGUUUGAAGUUGCUCGACACAGCUGGCUAAGUGAAUACUCACACGUUGUGUCUCACAUUACAAGUAGCACAACGAAUGUUGCAGACAUUGCCAACACCACAAUUCCUUCCGAAACACAAAAAGAAGCACCCCCUCUCGCCCGAAGUGCCUCUGUGCGAGAACCACCUAAGACAUCGCAAGGCAAUGUUCAGGCUGUUGGUGGACUGAACCACCACGCGGGAGACAUUUCACAGGAUUCGCCAUCUGAAAAGUCCAAAACCACCCGCGAUGCCAAACGAAGAACAGUUCAAGUCGAGUACGUUGCGCCUCAGUCACAAACGACUAGAGGAGAACCUCCCGCGGAACCGACAUCCUCCCGCCGAGCUCCCGCUCCAGCUCCAGCUCCAUCACAAGCACCAAUGGCGCAGGUGCAACCAACAGAACCAGUUCAGAAGAAGGGCACAGACGCGCCGGCGCUCAACCUCAACAAGCCCCUUCCAGGAUAUUUCCCGCGCUCGACCUCAGACAACGCAGCACUUACUGGAUCGCAACACGUCGGGCUACCAUCAGGAACUCGACCCGCCACUGGUGGCUCCAUGGCUUCCUUCAAUAACGCUGGUCGUUUGCCUUCUCGCGGGUCCUACGGACAGCCGGUGGCCCCUACUGUCACUGCAACUAAUACCGAAGGCCGCCUGGCCCAGCCCAAGAGCAGACAAUUUACUCUUCCUCAGGACCCGGAGCCAUCUAGCCCAUCGAUUGGUCGUCCCAGCACCCAGGUGUUGCCCUCAACAUUCAACACGACGCCUCGCCAAGAGCCGCCAAAAGGCCACAAGAGGUCAAACACUGUUUCCAGCCUUGGUGAGAAGCUCUUCGGACGUUCUGGCUCCAUUAUGGGUGGCCGUGGCUCUCAGGCCAACGCCCCUCGCGCAAAGCAGGACAAGCGUUAUCCUCCAGUGAGUAUGAAGGAACCGCUACCGAGAGAAAACUCUAGAAUGUCCAUGGAUUCACGGCGUUCUAUGCAAUAUCCCCAUAACCGCAAGGCAAGCGAAUCUGGUCUAGAGAAUCGCCCUCGUCGGUUCUCCCUGCUCCCGCAAUCCUUCUCAUUUAGGGGCUUUUCCACCGGCCGAGCUCAAACACCCGAUGAACAACCAGAAAUAUCUCGCCCUAUCGAAUCCCGGGGUCAACAACGACCAACUACAGGCCCUGCUGGUCCUGGAGAAGGUCGAGCUCGCUCGACCAGCUAUGGCGCUCAAGAUGCCAUGGGAAUGGUUAGUGAGGGACAUGGCGAGGAUGUCCAAACCGAAAGUGAUCCACUCAGCUACGAAGCCCAAAUUGAUCGGCAAUUCGCAGACUUGGGCAGUCAAUUCGACCAGCAGCAGGAUUCAUUUGGUAUGCCUUCAGCUGAUCAGGUGUACCAAAACUCUCGGGACUACACUGGCAACAACCACGGUUACCAGUCUAAACCCAACUACUACGACGACUACAAUGGCACCUAUGACAGCUUGCCUCGUCAGUCAAUGCAAGCUAGUCGUUCGAACCGUGGACCGAACGUUUUGCAAAAGAACCACCGUAAAUUCGCCGAUGCCUACGAAUAUGAGCGGGACGGAUCCCACCAUUCUGGCAGCUCCGGCGCGGCACGCAAAGUCAUGGAUUUCUUCCGCAGACGUGCCAAGUCUAGAGCCGGUGAUGAACGCUGA